AUGUCACAUGAGCGCGCCAACGGCGCCCAGUCCACCCUCGUCUGGACAGCCCUAGGCUUGUCCCUCGCGUGUUUCCUAGCUUUCGGUGCUGUUAGUGGCUUGGCAAUAUGGGACAGUUUAGACUCGUGGAGCGGUAGCCAUGGCCCAUGGAUGUAUGUAAUCGUCAUCAUCCCGUUUGCGAUCGCCACAUUGUCCAGCAUCUACCUUAUUGCCUUUCGCAUCGUGCGCAAAAAGAAACCAGACGCCUGGUUCGUGAGCACAAUGGCCGACGUGACUUUCCUUGGCGCUAUUGCGCUGGGCGGACUCGUUUCCUUGGGCUUUAUGAGCGUCUCGUAUUGGUAUGUGUAUUACGGCUUGCUUAUCGGCCAUUACGUUUGCCUCGUUGUCGGCUGGAUCUGGACCCUCUUCAUUCUCGCCAUGGUACUCUUCGAGACCAUUUAUGUGUUGAAGCACUUUGGCGCGAGCCGCACCACAUGGCGCAAGUCUUUCGGCCGGCUUACAUCGACAUCGUCGCCAUCAACCUACUCGAACUACCUCGACAAGACCGAAAUGGCACCGAUGAUGACCGCCGGCGGAUACCCAGCAGUGACGCCAUUCCCAAGUAGCGGCCCAUCCGGCUCGGGCGGCGCAUACGAUUAUGAAAUGCAGGCCCCGUCGUACCAGGCUGCCAUGGAGGAUGCGGUUGUCGAGGUGCCCGCUUGGGACGAGGGUGGCCAUGCGGGCUCAUCGUCACAGCCCGGGCCUUCCACAUCCACCGUCCCGAGCUUCUCAACGACGUCUUAUUUGCCUGAGAAGGGUUCCGCAUCGCAUCAAUGA